GCUCCAAGUGACACAGUGACGACUGUUAUAAAGAUGCCUGUAGGCCCACACGGGUUAACAGGACGCUCGGGAGCAAACCGGCUUAACAACAAACAACAACAAACUUGCUGAAACAACGUUUCUUUGGAGACUCCCUGAGGUGACUAAACCCUCCCUGGAGCGACGUGACAAGAGCGCAGCAGACAACGAGUAAAAAUGACAUGGCUGGAGUUUUUAAGUCACCUGCUUCAGACUACAACAAAGAUAGACAAGCGCGGCUGUGUUUAACUUGCGGGGCAGCCCAUCGCCACCACACAGGACCUUCAGGUAACAGAGGCUGACGGUAAGGCAUUGCUCCGCUGCCUGGAGGAUCACUUCCCCAGUCUUGCUUCCGUGCACAUCGACGGCGCGGACUUCCGCUGCUUCCAAGGCACCAGUGAUGCUGUGGUUGGCACUGCGAGGAGUAACAAAGGUCGAGUGAUGGUGGCACGACGCACGGAGGAAGCGCUGAUAUUAGUCAUGGGCGACGCGGGGAGUCACGGUUCCUUUCUUUUCGAGUUGCAGAAGAAUUUGCUGGAACGUUCACAAGCGCAGAUGGCGCCACAGCAACAGCAGCAGCAGCAGCCUUCCCAUCAAUGGACAAACAGUCAAGAACAGUUAUUGCCAGAUUCUGCCGACGUUGCGCCGUACCCGUCUGUCAGUCAAAGAACAGGUUUUAAUUUCAUUGGAAAACUGACGAAAAAUAACUCAAAAUUCUGUUAGUAGAAAAACCCGCCGAGUUUCAGCGUCUCGCCGUGUUCUAAAAACAAGCAAACAAAGAAACAAAGAAACAAAAACAACAACAGUAGAUGAAACCCAAAACAAAACCCAAAAAUCCCUGUUUGUAAUAGGAAGCAUGAAGAAACUUUUCUAAUUCAGUGUUUUUGUUGCGAAACUCUAGCAAGGUUGUCUUGACAAAACAAACAAAAUGAUAAACGCACCCUUUGGUCAAGACUCUAGAUUGUUUGAACCGUUCAACCUUCCUCGUCCAUCUGCAUUCCCCUUAAAGUUAAAAAAAAAAAUAACCCAGGUCACAAUCAUUUAUGUUCAUGUUGCCAGUGAACUUUUUACCCA